AUGCCCAGAGAUAGUGGCAAUAGUGGGGGAGACCGGGAAAAGGUACAGCAGGGAGAUGGUAGAGAAAGCUCUUCGAAUGGCAAAGAUGGUAAGUCUGGGGAAGAUGUGUGCAGUCUUCGCACAAAUUCAAGUGCCAAGGAUACUAAGCCAAGGAUAAGAGUCGAGCAAGCGAGGGGGCGCAGACUUAAGACGCUAGAAGUGUUGCAAAAUUACCAGAGGGGAGCCGAGUCAUCCAAGGUGAUGGAUGAGCCCAGGAUUGAGUUGUCCAGAGAAGUGGAUGAACCCAGGAUCGAAGAGGCGUUGAGACUCGGCUCAGUACAGUUUGUUACUGCCAAGGCUAGUAGAAGCCAAUUUAUUUCCCAACAAGAACUCGGUGGCAUUUUACCGCGGUGGAUUGGUAACUUCUCGAGCAAUUUGGAGAAACUUGAUUUGAGUUCGAAUUCGUUUCAUGGCAAGAUACCUGAUUGCUUAUUUCAUUUGAAGUCUUUGAGGCAUUUGAAUCUCGGAGGCAAUGAUUUAUCGGGCAAUGCUCAUGAGUUUUAUCAAUCAUUGGAGUAUCUCAGUCUUCCUUCGAAUAAGUUUUUUGGUACUUUGCCUUGUUUUUCUGCUGUUACAAAGAGUCUAACUUUUCUUACAAUGGCUAAUAAUUCUCUUGUUGGAGGAAUACCUACUUGUAUUGGCUCUCAGGAAGUGUUAUCUUAUCUUAACCUGUCAUUUAAUCACCUGAGUUAUGGCAUAUCUCCGAGACUUGUGUUUACUGAAAAGUUUCUUGCAUUGGAUUUGAGUUUCAAUGAUUUAUCAGGCCCUCUUCCGGGGAAGAUUACAGCGGCAACAGAAAAAUCAGGCAUUCUUUUUUUGGACCUCUCUAAGAACUAGUUUUCCAGUAAAAUCCCAUUGAAGAUCACCGAGCUGAAAAGCUUGCAAGCAUUGUUUCUUUCUCAUAAUCUCCUCACGGGAGAAAUUCCAGCAAGGAUUGGAAAUUUGACUUAUCUCUAAGUGAUUGAUUUGUUACACAACUCAUUGUCGGUUCGAUUCCAUUAGAUAU